ACUCUCACUUUCUUCCAUUCAUAAUUUCCUAUGAUGCACCUCAAACAACUUCCUGGACCGGGGAUCCCGGCUAAAUAUAGCUGUUUCUCUGUCUUACAACACAGGCUCCAGUAUAUAAAUCAGGCAAAUUCCCCAUUUGAGCAUGAACCUCUGAAAACGGCCGGCAUCUCAGGUCUCCUCCAAGGCCCUCUGGAGUCCGUUCCAUAAUGAAGGUCUUGGCAGCAGGAGUCAUGCCCCUGCUGCUGGUUCUGCACUGGAAACAUGGAGCAGGAAGCCCUCUUCCCUUCACCCCUGUCAAUGCCACCUGUGCCACACGCCACCCAUGUCACAGCAACGUCAUGAGCCAGAUCAGGAACCAGCUGGCACAGCUCAAUGGCAGCGCCAAUGCCCUCUUUAUUCUCUAUUACACAGCCCAGGGGGAACCGUUCCCCAACAACCUGGACAAGUUGUGUGCUCCCAACGUGACGGACUUCCCUCCCUUCCACGCCAACGGCACCGAGAAGGCCAGGCUGGUGGAGCUGUAUCGCAUCAUUGCCUACCUUGGCGCUGCCUUGAGCAACAUCACUCAGGACCAGAAGCUUCUGAACCCCAAUGCGCUCAGCCUUCACAGCAAGCUCAGUGUCACUGCAGAUGUCAUGCGGGGGCUCCUCAGCAAUGUGCACUGCCGUCUGUGCAACAAGUACCACGUGGCACAUGUGGACGUGGCUUAUGGCCCUGACACUUCAGACAAGGAUGUCUUUCAGAAGAAGAAGCUGGGUUGUCAACUUCUGGGGAAGUACAAGCAGGUCAUUGGCAUAGUGACUCAGGCCUUCUAGACAGAAUGUCUUGAAGCCUGUCAUGGACUGAGGGAUCUCAGGAGCAGGAUCCAAAUGUGGGGGGUUCUCAAAGAGCGGCUGGGGCCCAGGGCAUCAUCUAACCUGGGGGCUGCUGGCAGGUCCCAAGGGGUUCUCAGCAUGUCAGGGCCUCUAUACAGCACUGACCAGAAGAGGUUCCCUUCCGGUAACCAGGGUGUCGCACUGGGGAGGGAAGUGUAGGCAGCAUUUCUGCUCCCACUUGUCCCCCUUAGUCCUUGUUCAAACCGCACAAGUUGUCUAGAGCAGCCCUGAUCACAGGGCAAGACAGUGAGGGCCUGGGGUCACUGGUUUCCAGUGGACUGACUGCCAUUUGUGCCUUCGUUUUUCCUAGACUUUGGAAGGCUUUGUUGGGACAUAGGCAGGCCAGAGGGACUGGAGUCGGGAACUCUUUGUCCCUUAGAAAAUUUAGUAGGUAGAAGAUAGAGAAGGGGUGGGAUGCCAUAUUCUUUUGAACAUAAACAGAAAUCUUAGGCCCAGGUAUUGUUGGGUAGAUGGUUCCAGAGGUCAUUGGUAUUUAGGUUCUUGGGGAGGCAGAGAGGCUACCUUCAAGCCUGAGAAGGAAGGUGCUAGAAGGAAGAGAGGCCCCCAAAACCUUGUCCCUCUUCCUCUCCUCUGCACUCUUCCUACAGCCUGGUACAGCCAGGAUUUGGUAGCUAGAUCCAGGAUAGGGUACAUGGAGGUGGGUAAGCGCAGGUUACAGAGAUGGGUGUGGAGCUUUAGAGGGGGCCCAAGAGCUUCCUCUUGGGGAUGGGAAGGGCACAGGUAGCUCAGAGCAGCAGCUCACAUUGGAGGCCUAUAGAGGCCCUGUAAAAUCAUACAAAGGUACUUGAGGGGGACCAGAGCCCGUCUUGGGUCCCUAGAGCAAGGGGUCACAGAACUUGAGGUCAGGGUCUCAGAGAAGCCUGAGAUCCAAAAGUGCUGUGUGUCUAGCCCAGCAUGGUUAUCUAUUUAUUAUGAUGUCCUAUUUAUGUUAACUUAUUGGUGCUUUAAAUGGUAAAGUUAAUCCUUUCCCCUGCUCUCUGCCCAGCAGGGAACCAGAGCUGAGCUUUUUGGCAGGGUUUGGUCUAGAAGCUGACAUGUUACAAGUAGAAUUAGCCUUAUGGGUGAAGCUCAGAGGAGUGUCAGGGUCUGAGAGAUCUGGCUAGAGUCCCUGUUCCCCUCCCUCCUGACUUGCUUUGGGGGUGUCAGGGACAGGCAGCAGGGGCUGAACCAGUCUGUGCAGGGAGGCUUAGUUUUCUUGGUUCCAGGACACUUUCCCACUGUGCUCUCUAGCACCCCCUCGAAUGGUUGGCACCAUUCAUCAUGGAAAUGAUGGCCCUGGGGCAGUGGGCAAGGCUGCUCACUUAUCUUCAUCAGUGGAGUCUUUGUCACACAAUGCGAAUGAGCCUGCCCUGACACCCAGAGUACUCCUGAGUGGUAGGGAAGAUCCUCAGGUGGCUUGAUCACCCACCAAGUAAGUGCGUGGGGUGUUAGGGCAGGGCAUGGACUGAGCAGCUGCCCCUGUGCUCUGGAGCUGGGAAAGUGAGACCUGAGAUGCUUGGGACACAGACCAGGAAGCUGUGGUUCCUGCUACCCACCUCCUUCCCACUCCCUUCUGUGUCUGGGUUCUCAGGCAUGGAACCAGAUCUGCUUUCUUCCUAUAUGUUGGGGCCAGGUGAACAGAGAAAUGCCUUUGGGUCUGCAAGCAAGAGAGGGAGGGAGGUGAUGGAGCUGUGGCAGCUGCUGAGAGCAGCCUUCUGGUUGCUUCUCGAGUCCCAAGCUUGUGGUAGUCCCAGCAGCCCAGUCACAAGCUUUUGGUACCGGUGAUGGUACUUCACUCUCACUUUGUACCUUUCUCUCUUAUUCUCUAAGCACUUUACCUCGAUGGCAGGGGUGGGGAUAGGGAAGGUUAGGCAUUGUGCAUCCCAACGGUGUGACUCAGAUGUGAUGUGUGUGGCAGAAGAGGCCACAGCAGUUGUGCCUUUCCCAACACAGUUUCAACUUGGGUCACAUUCUUGUCCACGAUCAAAGCCUACCACCCUCCUAUUCCUCUGCUCCUUUGGGCAUGGCUUGGGAAUGGCUGCACUUUGCAAGCUGAGCAGCAAGAAAAACAGCUUGUCUGGAAGCCAGGAUGGAGGAUUCAGUAGCCCGGGGCCAGCUCAGCUUGCCAUCACCCAUCUCCCUGUGGACUGGACAUGGAUUCCCUGGCCUGGACCUACCUGGCAGCCUUGGAGGGCUGAGGAGCCAAUAGAAUCUCUUCCUCCCUGCCUGCACAAGCCCUGGCUCCCUGACACUCGCUGCCCAGCCUGGACUCUGCCUCAAGGACUUGGUCCUCAGUGUUCUCUCUAGGUCUAAUUCCAGCAGGUCAGCACCCACUUUGCACAGUAUCACUGAAUUAUGGAGCCUUUGUGGGCAAUAAAUUGUGCGUUGCUUUGUUUUGGCCUACUGGCAUUGACCCUCACCUGGCACGAUGGGUCAUAUGCCUGGGCCAGAGGAUGAAGGAUGGGUCUUCUGCAGAGGAUGGGGUAGACAGUCAUUUGGCAGUUUAUCAAGAAAGAAGUAUAGGGGUCCUUAUUUAUUAUUUAAAAUUUUAAACCACAAAAGCACUGUAAGUUUACUUGUCUCUACUCAUCUUCCUUCUUAUCUCCAACCCUGAUUAAGUCAGUCUGGCCUGUUUUACUGGGUCUCCAGGGCAGACUUGGCCAGUGGGGUUGGAAUCUCAGAAUCUAUUGAGGUAGCAAUUGCCUUUCAGACAAUACAAUGUUCCCAUGUCAGAUAAAUCUCAUACCCAGCCCCAGUACCUAGGCUGCCUCUCCCAUUUGCACUGCUAGCUCAGUGGGCCCACCAAGGGGCCUUACAUGCCUCCCUCCUUCCUUUCUACUAGAAAGGACUUGACCUUGGGUGAUAAAUUCCUCUUUGAUGAAUGUACCCUGUGGGAAUGUUUCAUAAAGACAGAUUAUUUUAAUUUAUUCAAUGUCAUAUUUAAAAUAUUUAUUUUUUAUA